ACGCACGCAUCUCGCAUUGUCGUUUGUUUAAUUUACACUACGUCGUAAUUGAUAAAAGCGUCGUAGUUAUUUAACCGAACUGUUCGCAUUUUACAAAUGCCAGAAAAUACGCGCAUAUAUUGUGUUUAUUGUGAAUUUUAAUUUUGCUGACGUCGCGGUCACGCUAGUGACGUCGCCUAUGUAGAUGUAGGCGUUGACAAAACAAACUUGAAAACGAAACGCAAACGAACAACGAUAAAGCAAAUCAAAGAAACAGAAAAAGAGCAGUGUGCGGCUAAACGCGAAUACCAAAAGCCAGUCAAUAACAACAAAAGGCAGCGAAAAUCGUCUAAACGAAAUCACAUUUGUUUUUACAGACGCUCGCUCGUUUUGCCUUUGUGCUGUUUAUGCAGAUAGCGAAUGUGCUGAAGCAUUUUUGUUUUAAUAUUAUUUAGAAAUCGUAUAUACUAACCAAUCGGGCUAAGCAAAACGUACGGUAAAUGCAGCGCGGAAAAAAUGAGCAGCCAAACAUUAAACGAAAUGGUCAAUGUGACGCAGCAGGAUUUACACGAUCUAUUAGUAAUUUUCGAAAAAAAAUCAUUCGAGGCGGUGGCGUAUGAGGAAGGCACAGCGGAGUAUGCCAUCUCCAAAAAAUGCGAAUUUCUGUUCAAACUCGAUUACAGCCUCAUCGAAUUGGAUAACGCAAAUGGAUUGCUAAGUCCCCGCUACCCUGGACGCAUACUCAUACCCGAAUACGAACAUGGACACAUGGCCAAGACCCUCAUACCAAACAAUGGAUUCUGUAUGGGUGGCUUCAUAACCAACCCAUCAGGAACAACCGCAAAUGCACCGCCACUAAACAGCAACGCCGGACCAAACUACACCAACGGCAGUAAUGGAGCACCCUUAGACUCGGGAGGAGGCAGCAACGAUGGAGGCGGUGUUGGAGGCGGUAUCCAGGCCUUUGUUACAUUUGCCAAUCCGUUGCAUAAUGGUGGACAGAACACGCCCAAUAUAAUGAACACAACCACUGUGUACCCACAGCAGCAGCAACAACAACAACAACAGCAACCUCAGCAACAACAGAACACCAUCUACGAGGAUCAGUAUGAUGUACAGCGAAUAAAGGAACUAAUCACUAUGGCCAAGUAUGCGCGAUGUCGACAACGCUUCGCAGUUCCCGUAAUCAUGUAUCGCGGCAAGUACAUUUGUCGAUCGGCUACGCUGUCCGUAAUGCCGGAAACGUACGGCCGCAAGGUUGUCGACUACGCCUACGAUUGUCUGAGUGGCACCAACUAUGCGGCGCCAAAUGAUGCUGAAAACGAUGCGGACUCCACCGAUGAAUCACUAAUCAAUCAAAUCAACGAGCAGUCCCAAUUCUCCUACGAUGAGGUCAUCAAGAGCGACAUACAAUUACUGCAUACGCUGAACGUGUCCACAAUAGUUGACUUGAUGGUCGAGAAUCGCAAAAUCAAAUAUUUUAUGGCUGUCUCUUCAUCGGAGAAAGCCGAUCCCAACAAACAUUACAAGAGCUUCAAUCUACUCUCGCUGCCGUAUCCGGGCUGUGAAUUCUUUCGCAAGUUCCGCGACAACAAUUACAUGGCCAAGAAUUUGCACUACAACUGGAAGCAAUCGUUCAAUGAUGCCAACAUAAACAUACCAAAUCUGGGACCCGCUGCAGAUAUGGACAUCGUCUGGCCAGAAUAUCGGGAGUGGGAUCUGGUCAGCAUAACUCAAAACUAUCUCAGGGCCACGCUCAAGUACAUUCAGGAGGAUAACGCUGGACUGCUCAUACACUGCAUUAGUGGGUGGGAUCGGACCCCGCUUUUUGUCUCCUUAGUUCGCCUCUCCAUGUGGGCCGACGGACUGAUUCACCAAUCGCUAAAUGCACUGCAAAUGGCAUACUUCACACUCGCCUACGAUUGGUACUUGUUUGGACAUCAACUGCCCGACCGACUGAAACGAGGCGAAGACAUCAUGUUCUUCUGCUUUCACGUACUCAAGUUUAUUACCGACGAGGAGUUCAGCAUUGUGGAGCCGCGAAAGCGAACGAAGACGUCGAGUAGCAGCGGCAGCAGCGUCAUUGUCAUCAAGUCCGAUUGUUGCGAUGACGAGCCACUCAAGGAAGACUACAUCUUAUCUUUCGAUCAAGAUAGCAACGAUAGUUAUUCAAACUGUUCCAACUGUGAUAUGUCCAUAACAGAUAAUUUUUACGCCACAGCGACAUCAGGAGCACCAGCCGGCACGCUUAUCAAUCCGCUAACCAGUAGAUCGCCCAAUCCAAAACGCUCCCGCACUAGCCCGAUUUCGGUGCCUGGCUCGAAUGCAGCCGUUCGCCAACGCCAAGAAUCCACGUCCUCAAAUGGCAGCUGGCAGGUGGUCACAGACACUGGCUCCAUAGAUUCGAUGAUGAACGGCAGCUACAUGAUGCGUUUUGUGACACAACAACACCCGGAAAGCAACAACAUUCCCAUCUGCAAUGGCGGCAAUGGCUAUCACUGCAGCACAAACACGCCCAGCGCAAGCAGCGGCAGCAGUAACAGCAAUGGAAGCAGCAUUAGUGGUGGUGUUGGAGGCGUCGGCAACGCACCAACGCACGGUUUCGCAAACGGUUCCUCAAAAGAAGUGGGCGGCAGCAUAGCCUCAUCCAAGCAGUGCAUAAACUUACGCAAGCAACGCUUGAACGCUGUGCGCGCCAUCUUUAUACAAGCUUAUGGCAAGACUAUUGGACUGAAAUUCAAGGAGGCUUCAAUGAACCUGACCACGUUUAUUGGCAACUUGGCGGAUCAACUGUUCUGAGAGGUCCAAUGUCAGCGUGGUAGAGGAGACGGAAACUUGAUGAAUUAACAGUGUUUUAAGUCUGUUAGAUUAAAGCCCAAAAUAAUGCUCCACAAGUAGCAAAUUAGCAGAAUGCCCCUGGGAACACUUUUUGUAGAGCACCCCCGCAAAAAGUCGUGGCUUUCUUGCAUGUGACAUGUUUGUUAGUUCAUUUUUUGUUAGAGCUGGGCUUAUACUGUCGACUGUAUUUUGUAGGCAUGUUUAUUUACGUUCUUGUGACUGUUGUUGGUAUUUAAAAUAAAACAGAAUAAAAAGUGAAAAAAAAAAUUGGAAA